CUGCUCACAAGAAGAGUGAGUAACAGGGGGUAACAAAUAAAACGAAAAACGUAAACAGGGUCUGUGAUCUAAAAUUUGCUAUUAUAACUGCAAUACUGCAAUCACAACAUAAAUGUAUUAAACUUUAACAAAACAUGCAAAAGUAAUAGAUUAGUUGAUACUUAAAUUUACUCCAACGCCAUAAAGUGUAGUUUACAAUUGAACCGCAAUUGCAAUUGCUAACCAGGUGUAACAUGUCCGAUCCAACAUUCAUAGAAAUUAAUGAAAUCAAAGGUUUUGUUACUUUUUUACAAAGUAUCGAUUGGUUGGAUCCGUGGCUGAUCGGAUUAAUAGGGUUUCAUGUUUGCAUCACGUCAACUGCUCUACUAACAAGGAAUUGCGGUAACUUUCAGGUGUUUCUGUUUCUAGUCUUGUUACUACUGGUAUACUUUUCUGAAAGUAUUAAUGAAUAUGCUGCCAUCAAUUGGAGAAUAUUUUCGAAACAACAAUAUUUCGACGAUAAAGGAUUAUUUAUAUCCAUAGUAUUCUCCGUGCCAAUACUACUGAAUUGCAUGCUUAUGGUGGGAAGCUGGCUGUAUCAAUCUACGCAGUUGAUGACACGACUAAAAACUGCUCAGUUGCAUCAGCAGAUUCGACAGUUUAAUAGUCGCCAAAGAAUAAAACAAAAUAAGGAAGAAUGAAGCUAUGCCUAUACUUGUCAAUGCUAACUAUAAGUUUUCGUUUAAAACUUUUAUCGGAUUAAUUACAACGUUCUUCUAGAGGAUUACUGCCUUAAAGGCACUAAAAAAAAAAACAGGAUAGAAUAUACAUCACCAUUUAAUUAUUUAGACAGGAAUAACAGUUUAGUAACCGAUUCAUGUCUUGGUUCCCAGUCUCAACUGUGCAACGGUUGAGUUAACUGCUAUUCAACGGUAAUACUUGUUGGAUAGGUCACGGCACAACAAUUAUCUAUCUGAGAAAAUCAAGAAAAUAAAGAACGAGAUCAUGAUUCACAGAUAAAAUAA